AUGCCUGGAAGUGACGCUCUUCGCGCACUCAAGUUGCUCUCUCGCAGCUCAGGGGGUCUCCUCUCGGGCGCUGAGACGACCACGCAACGAUGCCUGACGAAGUCCUUCUCCCGCUCGAUGGCCACCGAGGCCCAGUCCCCCGUUGACAACCUUACGAGGGAGGUUCCCAAGCCCGUGUGGAAUCCCGAACCCGUCAAGGCUACCCUCUACUCAUUCCCCUCGAUGGAGCCUCUGCGCUUCGUUGAGUAUCCUCGCAACCACCUCCUGAUGCCGCUACGCAAAGACAUUCUGCACCGAGCCGUUGUUUACGAGGGUGACAUGACCCGACAAGGUACCGCAAGCACCAAGUGGAGAGAUGAUGUGCAUGGAAGUGGUAGGAAGUUGCAUGCGCAGAAGGGUACUGGCCGGGCCCGUGUUGGCGACAAGAAAUCCCCGAUCCGGAGAGGUGGAGGUGUUGCUUUUGGUCCUCACCCCCGCGACUUCUCUACGGAGCUCCCUCAGAAGAUCUACGACCAGGCGUGGCGGAUAGCCCUCAGUUACCGCUACAAGCGCGGCCAAUUGAUCAUUGUCGACAACGAGAUCAGCCUUCCGGAGGGCGCCACUCCCCAUAUCGUUGAGGAGAUUUUCAAGGUCAACUGCUGGGGCCGGCACUAUGGACGGUCAACAUUGAUUACGGACCAGCCGAAGGAGGAGCUGUUCGAGACCGUGCGUCAAGUGGGUGAACAUGCGAAGAUCCUGGACCGCCGUGACGUGGACGUGAAGGACCUGUUGGAGACUGGACGCUUGAUUAUCGAGAAGCAAGCGCUGGACCGCAUUCUGUCUCAGCAUUCCAAGGAUCUGAAGAACAAGCCGGCCAAGGCUUUGUACUAA